GACUGUGUGCAGCUCAACCAGUACAAGCUGAAGGACGAGAUCGGGAAGGGCUCCUACGGGGUGGUGAAGCUAGCCUACAACGAGGAUGAUAACACCUACUAUGCAAUGAAGGUUCUCUCCAAAAAGAAGCUGAUGAGACAGGCGGGCUUCCCCCGCCGCCCACCGCCCCGCGGGGCCAAAGCUGCCCCCGAGGGCUGCCUGCAGCCCAAAGGGCCCAUCGAACAGGUCUACCAGGAGAUUGCCAUCCUGAAGAAGCUGGACCACCCCAACGUGGUGAAGCUGGUGGAGGUCCUGGAUGACCCCAGCGAGGACCACCUGUACAUGGUGUUUGAACUGGUGAAGCAAGGCCCCGUGAUGGAAAUCCCAACCCUGAAACCUCUCAGCGAGGACCAGGCUCGGUUCUACUUCCAGGAUCUGAUCAAGGGCAUUGAAUACUUGCACUAUCAAAAGAUAAUCCACCGGGAUAUUAAACCUUCCAACCUCCUCGUGGGGGAAGAUGGGCACGUCAAGAUCGCUGACUUCGGAGUGAGCAAUGAGUUCAAGGGAGCCGAUGCCCUCUUAACCAAUACAGUGGGCACCCCUGCCUUCAUGGCCCCAGAGACACUCUCGGAAACCAGGAAAAUCUUCUCUGGAAAGGCUUUGGAUGUCUGGGCCAUGGGGAUCACACUGUACUGCUUUGUGUUUGGGCAGUGCCCUUUUAUGGAUGAAAGGAUCCUGAGUUUACACAAUAAAAUCAAGACCCAAACGUUGGAGUUCCCAGACCAGCCAGAAGUUACAGACUUCUUGAAGGAUUUGAUUACACGGAUGCUGGAUAAAAAUCCUGAAUCUAGGAUUUCGGUCCCAGAAAUCAAGGAAAGUACUGUGCAACAGCCUUUCGCAGGAGAUUUCUGGUCCUCCGCCCCUGUGAGAGCCUGGAAGGGGCGAGAAGCUGAGAAAAUGGAGACCAAGUUGCACCCUUGGGUCACCAAGAAUGGAGUGGAGCUGCUGCCCACGGAGGAUGAGAACUGCACCCUUGUCGAGGUGACGGAGGAGGAGGUGGAGAAUUCGGUCAAGCACAUCCCCAGCCUGGCCACCGUGAUCUUGGUUAAAACGAUGAUCCGGAAGCGAUCCUUUGGGAACCCAUUUGAGGGGAGCAGGAGAGAGGAGCGGUCGUUGUCUGCCCCCGGGAACCUGCUGCCGAAACAAGGCAGUGAAGAUAAUCUGAAAUGCAACGACUUGCCCAACGUGGGAGAGGAGGAACUUCUUUCGUGA